UUGUCAGAUGGCCAUAUAACGGGUGAUAUUCGUUCGUCGGCGGGCCUCAAGGGAACGGUCGUAACCGCAGAAGAGCUCUUCUACAAUACGCCGUGUCGACGUCGUGCACUCAAAUAUCCAGCCGAUGAGAUGAACCGAAUCGCGGAUGUGGUCAUCAGAUACGCGAUUCAUAAUCCGACUGUUUCGUUCACGAUGCGACGGUGUGGCAGUGGGAACGAUUUUCGUACGACAGGUGACGGGGAUCAGUUCAAGGUGAUUGCAUCGCUUCAUGGAAGCAAUGCGGCAAAGAAUUUGAUAAGUCUGGAUCGCGACCAUCAAAAACUGUUCUAUUCGCUGAAAGGUUGCAUGGCUCGACCGAGUGCAUCGUGUACGGCACCGAGUCUUCAAUCUAAACAAAAUCGUCAAAAGAUUUUCUACUUGUUUAUCAACAAUCGAAGUGUUGAAUGUGCACAAUUGAAACAAGCAUUGGACGUCGUGUUUGCUGCACAGAAUACAUUUUCAACAUUCAUUAUGUUAUCGUUACAGGUUGGUUGUGCUUAUCGUCAUCGAAUAAUCCUUCUUUCAUUUACCCUUUUCAGAAGCAGUGAAAACGAGGCAGAUUUAUGCCCUUUUGUGAUUUAUACUCUGUAUUCAUGA